UCACUGUGUUAUUGCCACAAGCGUCAACAAAACAUUAAAAGUUCCUAGCACCUCUGAAGCAGGCCAGUCACAAAUUCUGUUCGUUUUACCGCCAGGUUCAAUUGAUUUAAAAAAUGAAGGACGGAUUGCCAUAGUAACGGUUGUAUUCAAGUUCGCUUCACUGUGCAAUGAUACAGAUGGUUUGGCUUUAGGCUCAUCGACAGAAAAGAGAUCCUCUUUCUUGAAAUCUCCGGUAGUUUCUCUGUUGGCAAAGACCAAAAAAAGUAACGUACAUACUCUUCAAAACAACGCGACUUUACGAUUUAGGAUCAAGAGGGAUAAUCAAUCAUCCGUCGGGUGUCGGUUUCUGAGCAACAGAAACGGGUCCAAACCUUUCUGGUCCGAUAAAGGAAUGACGUUCAUGGAUAAAUAUGAAGAGAACUUCAUUUCGUGUUUGACAGAUCACCUCACUAGUUUUGCUGUUCUAAUCAGUUACAACGAAGAUCAGUCACAAUUUCAGCUUUCAAAAAAAGAAGAGAAGGCACUGGAUCUGAUCACGAAAAUUGGUUGUGGUUUUGCCAUUCUAUGUCUUAUUGGAGUUAUUGUUACUUUUUCCUGUGUCAGGACCUUAUCAGCAAUGCGAUACCGUAUUCAUCUUCAUCUCUGUGUCGCCCUUGUCGCUGCACAAGUAAUAUUUGUCACUGGCGUUGACGCCACAGGAAUCAAGGAGGUCUGCAUUGCUGUAGCUGUUAUGCUCCAUUACUUUUUUACCGCAUCAUUUGUCUGGAUGUGUAUAGAGGCCGUCCACAUGUUCAUCAAAAUUGUUUCAGUGUUCAACAUUCAAAGAAUUCGCAUGCGACAUUAUGUGGCAUUAGGAUGGGGAGUACCAGCUGUGAUAGUUGUAGUAUCAGCGACCGUACAUUAUGAAGGAUACGGCACAUCAAAAUUCUGUUGGUUAAGCCUUGAAGGAAACCUCAUUUGGGCAUUUCUUACCCCUGUUGUGGUGAUAGUAUUGAUAAAUGCUAUCGUUUUGGUUACUAUAACGGCUGUUCGAAUCUCCCUCAAAGACAAUCCACUGACACCUCAUGAAAAUAAAAAAUUCACUGCCGCCCUUAGAACGGUCGUAGUAUUGUUUCCUCUGCUUGGUUUAAGCUGGUUCUUUGGUCUGAUGGGUGUUUUGACCAAUAGCCGGCCGUUUCUUUACACUUUUGUAGUGCUCUCUUCUCUUCAGGGCUUCUUCAUUUUGCUAUUUCACUGCAUCGGAAACAGGGAGGUGCGCAGUUCGAUAAAAGCAAUCAAAGACCGUCAUUCGUUGGAGUCAAGUAUUCGACAUGAACAAACGAUUUUGUUCGGGAGUAUGACAAAUGCCUGCCCUUUUUCCAAUGGUGACCUAACCUACAAGUCAGUGUUGGAGUGUUUGUCGAUCGAUACAGGAAACGAAACAAGACCGCCGUCCAUCACAGUGACCUCAUGUGAUGACGGCAGUCGUAUACUCACACACCUUGGCUGCUUAUCAAGCCACAAUUUUCAUUUUAAUGAUUCACUUUGGAAUUACCAAGUUGCUCGCUUCAAGUUUGACGGCAAUAUUGUCAUAACAAAUCUUGUUCACUUAAGAGGGACGAACGCCCUAUCGUUGACCGGAGAAAAUAUUACUAUAGAUUUGAACGGAGUUUUGAAAGUUGACGUAAACACCGUGCCUUCGUCUCACAAAGAAACAAGAUUGGUUGGAGGUUUUGUCUCUGCGAUUGGUGUAAAUGGUAAUCCUUAUGGUGGACCGGGACGGGGAUUUUACUACAAGAAAGAAGCUGGAGGGGCUGGUCACGGUGGUCACGGGGAAGGAAAGAGAAAGUACUCGUACAGCAAACCAUAUGGUCUUAAAAAUGUCGACCACUAUUUGGGAGGAAGCACAGGAGCGUUUACGGGUUCAAAUACGCCAGGGUUUGGAGGACCAGCAAUUGAACUGAAUGCUACAGGAAAGAUAAAUAUCAGAGGAGCAAUAGAAGCGAGUGCCAUAUCCAAUCCAGUUUUAUCAGGCAUUUCCAGCAACGAGAAGAUAGGAGGAAAUUCUGGUGGCCUAGUCAGACUAAUAGCUGAAACGGUUCAUAUUUCGCAUGAAGCAAGGAUAUAUGUCAACGGCAGUAAGGGGAUUUGCAGUGGCAAAAAUUGUAAGGCUGGUGGUGGAAGUGGCGGGAUAGUGCAAAUCAUAUCCUCUUGUGGUUCUAUCGCUCCUAAUGCCAUUUUUUUAAGUGGAGGUAGCCAAGCAGAGGAUGGUUUCCUUUACAUCAAGGGUAUCAGCGAAGGUAAUUUUCAAACAUUUCCUGAUGAUCCGUAUUCCUGGGGACAAAAGAGUUCAUCAACAAGAACUCUAACUUCGGGUGCGCGAAUAACAAUUCCUGCCAGUACAUCUCCGAGACACUCGUCAUCUGAAAUAACAACAGUUAACAGUGCUAUUUCGACAGCGACAUUCCAUACAACAUCAAAGGUUUUUACGUCAAGUGAAUUAGAUACGACCACAAGCUAUGCACAGGACAUCUCAACGAGAACAUCACACCAAACUUCCCCAGUCCGUAUAGCAAGCAGUUCGUCGCUUCAGCCUCCACAUCCCACAGAGUCGACCAUUAGUGGUUUGAAAUACGUUCCUGUAUGUUUAACUGCUUCAGUGCCGCCUUUUAAAAAAGGAACCGUUGAGGAUUUGCAAAAUCUUCUUGAAAAAGUAAAGACAUACAAGGAGAAUAAAGUCAACACCUCCAAUCCAGUGGAAGCUAUAACUCAGUUUCUGGAAUCGUUCAGAACUUUUACGGUGGUUGGGAACUUAACAACGUACAUUAUAAACAUCAGCAUAUCCCUGAUUGUUGAAUUAAAUGAACUGAUGUUGUCGGACCGUCACCAUAAAUUACAGCUCAUUUCUGCUUUACUCAACACUGUUGAUGAACUCUUGGACGACAAAAACGCUGCAGUAUGGCGCAGUAGCGGAAUGCUCAUGGAUCUUGUGGAAGCUGUGGAGAAGACAGCUUUGUUAGCAAUAAAUUAUACGUCUGCCACUAACCAAAGCGUGAUGUUAAUCAAGAAAAACCUAGAAAUGCAUUCAAUAGUACAAUACGUCAAUCCAAACAGCAAUGUGACGAUACCCAAUCCUAACAAACAAUCUCGGUCAACAGCCUUAAUAACUCUUCAAGCAAGUGGAUUAUCCAUGAACAUUAGUAGAUACACAAAAGAGGGUCGCCUUGCUGUGAGCAUGGUUAUCUACAAAAAUCAAAUAUCCUAUUUCACAAGCAGGACACCGUCCGCUGCAAUAGACGGGGAGCAUUUGCGAGAAGCUGUUCUCAACUCAGAAAUAAUAUCCGUUAUGGCGUUUUAUGACAGACAACCUCUUCAUUUCCUUGCGAAGGAAGCCUUUUUGACCUUUGGAGACAAGAUACAAAUUGGAGGAAAUUCAAAGUGUGUUUACUGGAAGUCCUUUUCUGGGGGAGGAGAAUGGUCAUCCAAUGGCUUAUCAUUGAUCAAGAGUGACAGUGAGAGCAAUGAUUGUUCAACAAAUCAUUUAACAAGCUUUGCCGUCAUCAUGAGUUUCACGGAAGUCGAUGUGUCCCCAAAAGAUCAAUUUGCUCUGGGGAUUAUCACUUACAUUGGGUGUUCAAUAUCACUGGUGUCUCUUGCCUCUGCCAUAAUGAUAUUUCUAUAUCUAAGGUCGUUAACGGACAUCAGAUACCAAAUUCAUCUCCACCUAUGCAUUGCCUUGGCAAUGGCUCAAGUGGUUUUUCUUGUGGGAAUAACAGCAACAGAAAGAAAGUGGUUAUGUGCAUUAGUAGCUGUUCUUCUACAUUACCUGUACACCGCAAGCUUCGCUUGGAUGAGUGCAGAAGGACUGCAUCUUUAUUUCAAGAUCGUCGCUGUCUUUAAUCUCCAAAAUCUCAAAUUCAUAUACUAUGCUGUUUUUGGCUGGGGAUCUCCCAUCAUUGUUGUUGGAAUAUCUGCCAUUACCAGAACGGAAGGAUAUGGUACAAGAAAUACGUGCUGGCUGUCAUUGGACAAGGGACUCAUUUGGUCGUUUGUUGGACCAGUCGCAGCCAUAAUUUUGUUUAACCUGUCCAUGCUUGGAAUGACGAUAAAAGUUUUGGUUUCCUUGACUGAUGUGGCCGAGAGUAACGUACAGAAAAACUCUCUGAGAUCUUGUAUUAAGGCGGCUUUGAUCUUGAUGCCUUUGCUGGGUAUAUCGUGGAUUUUUGGCCUUUUGAGUGUCAACUCUGGAACCAUUGCAUUUCAGUAUUUGUUUGCUAUAAUGAAUUCUUCACAGGGUCUUUUCAUCUUUAUUUGUCACUGCAUCGGCAAUACGGAGGUUCGUGCGGCUUUGAUUAGAUCGAAGAAGAGACAUUCCGUGAAAGUUUCAACUCAAAAUCGGUGUUCCCGACAGAUAUCCUUGGACAAAAUGAAGACCAAAUCGAAAGUACUAAAACAAUCGGAAGACCAGAAAAAUCCAAAAACAGACAUAGUGAAGGUGGAAGGGAGCCAAUGAGUAGAUAUUUCAUUUUAACGAAGAAACACUGUGAAACUUACUUUUCAGUAUUGUUGAUUUAUUAGUAAUCUAAAUACAAUCUUUUCCUCUUAAGAAAUAAACCCGGAGCCUUGACAUUCGAGUGUAACCUCAGGGAAUCAUGUGCAAGGAUUGUUUUCAUCAGCAACGUUAUCUCCAAAAAUUUCAAAAUAAAAAUAAAAUUAAAAAACAUUAUGAAAAAAAAAAAAAAAAAACUGCUCAGUUUAGCUUAGAGAUAUGGUGAAACCAACUCUUUCAAAAUCGUAUAUAAAGGUUUCGUUUGUCCCGGCAAAAAUUUUGAGUAACAUUAUCGCUAAAAUGAACGCGCUCAAUACAGGCGAUGAAAACUUCCAUUUGUACUAUGUCUGUACAUCCAUAGGUUGAAAAACUGAAGGAUAAAUGGAUCUCUUGAUAGAGAAGCCAUGAAGGUAAAACAACUAUUCCACUCAAAUGUAAAUAAUGGCAAAGCAGUUAUUUGCAAGUUUAAUGUUAUGUUAUCCGUGACUCUCGCAGAAUGUCAAACGUAUCAGAAUUAAAGAGG